ACACAACGAACUGAUCCACGAUGAUUGUGACGCUUCUUCCUUUCGUCCUCUUCAGGGCUGCUGUGGUCCAGGGGGCAGUGAGCCUCUGGGCUGAAGGCAGUGCCUCCAGUGGAGAGUGCAUCUGUAAAGCUUUCCUGCCCAACAGCACGUUCCCUAACGGACAGCUCGUCCUGCUAGAGAGCACAGCUGUGGAGAUCAAAUACAAGCUGGAAAUGGAGAUCAGCAAGGUUGAGGUGUACGAGGUUAAACUACAGGUCUACAUAGCAAAGAUGAAGAACCUGACGGUGCUGAUCGAGCUGAUGGAGGACGAUCCCGACUCCUACAAUGAGCUCUAUCUGGAGGAGGUGAAGAUCCAGAUCAAGCAGGUGGAGGCACUGAUUGUGGAGCUGCAGGCUUCUAUAAAGGCCUCCUCCAGCGUGCUUAUAACCAUACGUACACAGGUCAUCACUAUGAUUUCUGUGCUGACUCAACUGGAGAUCACCUACGACAAGAACUUGGUUCUCGUGACCCGUCGAGAAUAUUUAAUUCUUCAGCAGAAACUGGAGGAGUGUGAGAGACGCCAUAAUGAAAUCUUUAACCCCAACAUUGGAAUCUGCAAUCAUAGAGGAAUUAGACGAAUCAGCAAACCAAUCGUGAGCCAGCUGAACGCAGACCUGAACGGAGCCUUCAAGUAUGGCGGAUGGGGAAAAGACUCCAAGCCCUUGUCCGGCUCAGAGAGCAUGUACUGGUACUCCGGCAGCUCAGACACGCUGGUCAGCAAAAUCUCCCAGUACUCGGCCUACUACACACUGAUCACCAGGCAGAGCUUUAAAGCUCAUCUGCUGUAUGUGGAUCGCCAAUACGACUGGCGCGGCGCUGGAAACAACUAUGUAGUGAGGGAAAACAACCUGUAUUACCAGUACAGAAGCCCUUUCGCGAUGGCGAAGUUCAACAUGACCAGUGCAAAAGUGGAGUCCAAGGUGGUUCCCAAAGCCAGCGCCCAAUUCUCUUACCAUUACUCCGCCAACCAGAACCUGGACUUCGCCGCAGAUGAGUCUGGCCUUUGGGUAACUUACGCCACGGCGGACUCGAAGGGUAAACUAGUCCUAGGGAAGAUCAAUGAACAGUCAUUCGAAGUCGAGAAGGUUUUUCAGACCAGUGUUUAUAAACCAUCUGUCGGCAACACUUUCAUGGUGUGUGGGGUUUUAUAUGCCACAAGGUCUGUAGACACUAAAACCGAGGAGAUCUUUUACACCUUUGACACUCGUACAGAAACGGAAAGCUAUGUUAGCAUCCCCUUUGAGAAGUUCCAUGACUUCUACACUUACUUAGACUACAACCCCACCGAUCAGAAACUGUACAUGUUCAACAACGGUUACUACGUCAGCUAUCAUGUGUGGUUCAACCAGGAGGGCUCCGCAGAUAAAAACCUCGUUGACUGAGCAACUUGAGAAGUAUGAAUAUGAUGUUGUUCACCUGAUAAACACAGAGCAGCAGUAAAUGUGACGUAUUUGUGUUUGUGUAAUAAAGUUUGACGAGCAGAAUGA